AUGUCGUCACCCCCUGACGAAAUAGCAUCUCAAAGCACAGCGGCAUCAGUCCCCAAGACAAAACCAUUGGUGACGGCUGUUACUGCGAAUUCUUAUGGAUCAGCAGUGUCUACGAGUGUUGAGGAUUCCGCUAAUCAAGAGCGAGGUGACGAGCAAGAGGAGGAAGCUGAAUUAAAAUAUGGAGCUGGUCAUGUAAUCAACCUUUUUGUUCCUGUUUCUUUAUGUAUGGUUAUGGUAGUAUUCACUAUGAAUACUGUUACGUUCUACUCACAGAAUGAUGGACGGCACUUGUUAUACACUCCUUUUGUAAAGGAAACAGAUAGUGCUAGUGAGAAGGUACUAAUGUCUUUGGGGAAUGCUCUUGUCAUGCUUUGUGUCGUGGUAUUCAUGACGGUGAUACUCAUAUUCUUUUACAAAUAUAGAUGUUAUAAGGUCAUCCACGGCUGGCUUAUGGCAAGCAGUUGUCUGUUGUUGUUUCUAUUUUCUACUAUAUACAUACAUAAAUUCACCAAACAAUUUAGAGAAGUGAUGAAGAGUUUCAACAUUUCCUUGUCCGUAUUCACUGUUUCUUUUUGCCUUAUUAACUUUGGAGUAGUUGGAAUGAUGUGCAUACAUUGGAAAGGACCCUUGAGACUACAACAGUUUUAUUUAAUAUCCAUGUCAGCUUUAAUGGCUCUUGUAUUUAUAAAGUAUUUACCUGAGUGGACAGUAUGGUCAGUAUUGGCUGUGAUUUCGAUAUGGGAUCUGAUCGCGGUUCUUGCUCCUAAUAUGCUCACUCCCCCCGUCUUUUCAGCUGGUAUGAUGUAUUCAUUUGUGUUUGCUGGCGCUCUUGAAGGAGAGGAAAAUCAGGCUCAGGUCCAGCCUCCAGCAAACUCCUCGGAGGAAUCGACUCCAUCUACAAGUGGGCUCUUGGUAACUAGUGGCGGACCGACAGUUCGUGUGAAACGUUUUGCUCCACAACGAAGUCAAAAGCUUGAGAAGGCUUCGGGUGAUAUUUCCCAAGAAGCAGCUCGAUCCUUAAAUGAAAUACCGCAAUCAGCACAGAAUGCCAGAAUACAACCGAACUUAGUCAGGAGGGAUCAGGAUGAGAAAGGCGUGAAACUUGGACUUGGUGAUUUCAUCUUCUAUUCUGUUCUGGUCGGCAAAGCGAGUUCGUAUUUUGACUGGAACACAACUGUUGCAUGUUACGUAGCAAUCUUGGUUGGGCUCUGCUUCACUCUAGUCCUCCUAGCCGUCUUUCGUCGAGCGUUACCUGCUUUACCAAUUUCUAUCUUUGCUGGUUUGCUGUUCUAUUUUUGCACCAGAUGGAUUGUAACACCGUAUGUAUCUGAACUUACGAGACGGCAAUGGAUUUAUUAA